UGCUGGCUGCUUAGUUGCUGUGUGACGCAACCAACACGUUGUUGACUUGUUGUUGUAGUUAACAGCAUCCAUCUCAACGAUCACUGCCAUCAGGACAUAGGCGGAUAGGCCUACUACUAAAUAUAUGUCCUAAUGCCAGUAUAGUUAAAGUCAUAAGCUUCUCAAUAAUUUGUGGAAAGCACAUUGUAAUGAAUUUAAUGUGUCUUUGUAUCUUGUGAUGAAAAGAAAAUAUGGAUACCUUAAGUGAAUUGAGAGCCAAGCUGGCAGGUCUCUUACAUGAAUCAGGACUAGAAUGUCAUCCAUUCAAGGUUGGCUGGUACAAUGCACAUGUAAAACCUGGGUUUUGCUUAGAACAUCAUAAAGACACAUUGGCUUUUAUAGUUAUUAGUAGCCCAUCAUUUUUUGAGAGAGGUUUCCUACCCUUUGUACGCAAUAGUGUUGAAAACAGUAUCAAUCAAGAUUAUCUAGAUCAAGCCUUACGCUCAUGUCUUACAAGAGCUAUCCAAUCAUUUCCAGAUCACAUAAUGGAUGUACUGUAUGACUAUGAAAUGAGACCAGGAACACGAAGACCAAAAGUUCUUGUACAAACGGCUGGUCAUGUCUCAGGAGCUGUUUACUUUUACCAGAAGACAGAUAUUAUGGAUCCACCUUGGCCAGUUGAUAAAACAAUUUAUGGAGUAUGCCUACAUCCUAAGUAUAUUGGAUGGUUUGCCCUAAGAGCAGUUAUCAUAUUUCAGAAUGUUUUUGUUCCAAAUUUAGACUUUAAACCCCCAAAGGAUAUUCUUGAGGAUGAAGCAAAAAAAAUCGAUCUUUUGAAUCGAUACAACAAUAACUGGCAAGAUUGGAGCUUUCGGGAUGUCGUGGAACCGGUCGAACGCUAUUCUGAACUACAGCAGAAGUACUUUAGCACACGACCUUCAGAGAGGAAAGAUCUAAUAGAAUUCAUUAGAAUCCAUUGAAAGUCCCGCGUAGCAAGAAGUAGUGACGUAAUGCACGGCCAACAUUGUUUUUUUCUUGUAUAAGUUCGUGGCAUGAAGAGAAUGCGCAAGAAAGCCUUAUAUGACAUGAAAAUAUGCCAAAUUGUAUUUACAUGUAACUGGAAAAAAUCUAUGAACAUGGUAGUAUUGGUAUCAGUAAACGUUACACCAUUGACAA